UAAACCCGUGAUUAUCCCAAAGUUGCAAAACUUGUGCCACCUAAAAACAUCUUACCAACUGGGCAGGUAUAGCCCAAAAUAGAGAGUUACCUCCUCUCCUCGUUGUCGCAAUCUUCUAUUUUCUAGAGAGAGAGAGAGAGUGAUUUGUUCGUGGGUUUGCGUAAAUGGCCGCUCUUUUAGGAAGAUCUUGCCGGAAAUUGGGUUUUCUGAGCUCAGGUCACGGAGCUAGGAGGAGUGUAUCGACGGAAACUGGGAAAUCGUUGAAUCUAUACUCUGCUAUUAACCAAGCGCUUCACAUCGCUUUGGACUCCGAUCCUCGCUCUUUUGUGUUUGGGGAAGAUGUUGGCUUUGGUGGAGUCUUCCGCUGCACAACAGGUUUAGCUGAACGAUUCGGUAAAAACCGCGUCUUCAAUACUCCUCUUUGCGAGCAGGGCAUUGUUGGAUUUGGCAUUGGUCUUGCAGCAAUGGGAAAUCGAGCUAUUGUUGAAAUCCAGUUUGCGGAUUAUAUAUAUCCUGCGUUUGAUCAGAUUGUUAAUGAAGCCGCAAAGUUCAGAUACCGAAGUGGUAACCAAUUCAACUGUGGAGGACUUACAAUAAGAGCACCGUAUGGAGCAGUUGGUCAUGGUGGACAUUACCAUUCACAAUCCCCUGAAGCUUUCUUUUGCCAUGUUCCUGGUAUUAAGGUUGUCAUCCCUCGGAGUCCACGGGAAGCAAAGGGACUCUUGUUGUCAUGCAUCCGUGAUCCAAAUCCUGUUGUCUUCUUCGAACCAAAGUGGCUGUAUCGUCAAGCAGUAGAAGAAGUCCCUGAGCAUGACUAUAUGAUACCUUUAUCAGAAGCUGAGGUUAUAAGAGAAGGGAAUGACAUAACACUUGUUGGAUGGGGAGCUCAGCUUACCAUUAUGGAACAAGCUUGUCUAGAGGCGGAAAAGGAAGGAAUAUCAUGUGAACUGAUAGAUCUCAAGACUCUACUGCCUUGGGACAAAGAAACUGUUGAGGCCUCGGUUAAAAAGACUGGCAGACUUCUUAUAAGCCAUGAGGCUCCAAUAACAGGAGGUUUUGGAGCAGAGAUCUCUGCAACAAUCCUUGAACGUUGUUUCUUGAAGUUAGAAGCUCCAGUAAGCAGAAUUUGUGGUCUGGAUACUCCGUUUCCACUUGUGUUUGAGCCAUUCUACAUGCCCACCAAGAACAAGAUAUUGGACGCAAUCAAAACAACUGUGAAUUACUAGCUGUUCUAUCUGUUUCUUUAGAAAACUAAGAACUGUGGUUUACUGUUUAUACUAGGACUCUACCCCGCGGUGUCGGAGGAAUAUAUAAUCGCAUGUCUUUCUUAUCGAUUCGUCAAUGUAACCAAUUCUACAAAUGUAAACCCUUUCUACUUAAAAUAUUUAAAUAAGUCCGUUAAUUUUCCACCA